UUUUUUUUUCUUUUUUUUCUGUUUCACUUGUUGAUGUUGUAAGUCUGUUUUUGACUCAAUAACGAAACGAACACCUUGGAGAUGGGAGUCAGUGAAGAAAAGGAACGCCUUAAAGUACAACAUGCUUUCAUUGUCUCUAGUAACAGCACCGAAACCGACGAGGAAACUUAUCCUGCAGCUGGCCAACCAGCAAACACAACGGCAAUAUCAAAUGAGAAUGGCCUAGGAAGGAAAAAGAGUCAGAAAAAUAGACGACGAGGUCGAGGAGGUCGUCGUCGCUCUUCUAUUACAACAGCUGCCAUUGCCAUACCGAAAGAGGCGAAACAAACAGAUUCGGCAGUAACAGAAGAUGCACCUGUGAUGUUGAGCAAAAGUCUCGACAACAGCAGCAGCACCAGCACCUUUAGUAGUAGCCAUAAUACUAUGAACACCAACAAUAACACGAAUCUGAGCAUUCCAAUAACUACCAGACGCAGGCGUAAAAGUUCCAACACUGUUGUGACCCAUCAAAAAAAGCACAGCGAGAGUGACAAUGAGAGUGACAAGGACUCUCCUGCAUUUUAUUCUCUUGUGGAUAUCAUCAGUGAAAUGAAGCGCUUACCCAAGAAAUCAUUCCCUGUAGAUAAAGAAGAAGCCGAUGAAGGUAGAGUUGGUAAUAACAACCAAACGAACGAACCCUUCUCCUAUAGAAGGGUGCGUCGGUAUUCAGAGCCUCCACAUAAAUCAGUAGUUCACUUUGACUGGAAAAAAUCCAAGCCUGCCUUAGCGACGAUAAGAGAGAACCAUACAAAUUCAAAUAACAGCAAACCUAUAUUCACAAACUCUUUUAUGGCUUUGAAAGAAGUGCAAGACGACUAUUUGGUUGACCUACCGGAAUCUCCUUUAACCAUCCAUAGCAUGAGCAACAAGGUACCAUUGACGGAUACAACGAAAAUUAUUCCACAGCGUUCCCGAAGUCAAUCAGUUCCUGAAGCAAUCUAUCACCGCCCAUCGUCAACAUUCGUCCCUCACGUGAAUCACCCAAAUCAGAAAGGGAGAAAGCCUGUAUAUCCCAGCCAUUUGGAUUUAUCAGAGGCACACCGUCUUAUACGAUCGCAUCACUUAUAUUCUGGAAUUUUAAAGGUCGACCCACAAGAUAGUUCGGAAGCCAAUGUUGUAUGUGAAGCGUUAAACGCAUCCAUUUACAUCUUUGGAUCACGAAAUAGAAACCGAGCGCUCGACGGGGAUGAGGUGGCUGUAGAAUUAGUGGAUGUGGAUGCCAUGCUGUUUGAAAAACAAGCAAAACGACAAGCACGUCAAACAAGACGUUUAUCAGCAGCGACAUCAUCUUUCAACUCAAGCUCAGCUAUGACAACUCCGAAUGGUCCUUUAUCCUCAAUUUCAGAGGAUCAUCAUCCUUUUUUCAAUGAUGUGGAUACGACUGAUAAUAGUAAGGAAGAAGUAGUUGGAGAACGACCCAAGUAUUGUGGAAGAGUGGUGUCCAUUCUUGAGAGGCCAAAACACAUGUUAACUUCAGGUGUGAUAUCAUUGAAUCGACCCUACGCGGCACAGUUAGACAACAGCAGUCGCGAUAAAAAAGAUGCCAAUCCCAAGAUCAUUUGGUUCGUUCCCUCUGAUAAAAGACUACCUCUUGUAGCUAUACCCUUAAAAGAAGCGCCUCCCAACUUUAUCAAAUAUCAUGAAGAAUACAAAAAUAGAAUUUUCAUGUGCAAAAUCAAACGUUGGCCAGCCACUUCUUUGCAUCCAUUCGGAACGAUUGAGAGAGAGAUUGGUUGGAUAGGUGAAUUGCGCGUGCAAUCUGGAGCUUUGAUAGCUGACCAUCAUAUAAGAGACGUUGACUAUCCAGAAGACGUGCUUGAGGCGAUGGAGGCCAUCCCUACCGGUAUUCAAAAAGAAGAUAGAAAAGGAAGAAGAGAUUUAACACUGGAAGACGUAAAGGUUUUCACCUGUAGUAAAAUGGGUACAGAGAUCACGGAAUAUGCAUUCUCUAUCAAGGUGACAGAAGAUGGGAUAUACGAAGUGGGUGUACACGUGCCUGAUAUUGCUCGACUUUCCCCUACCCAUAGUCCCUUGGAUCGUGAGCUUCGGACAAGGGCUUGUGCUGUUCAUCUGACCGAUAAAACCAUUCCUCUUUUCCCACCUUCUUUUUUAAAGACGCACUGUAGCUUCCAGAUCCAUCAGCCACAGUUGGCCUAUUCUGUGAUCACUCGGUUUACGCACAACGGGUCAUUUUUGCAUACUUGGAUCGGUAAAACGAUUGUCCAACCUACACAGCAUAUGCUUUACAAACAAUUAGAUACCCUGCAAGCAGGAAAGCAUCUCUUGCAACUGUCUCGCAAACUUCAACAAAACAGGAUCCAAAAAGCCGGUGGUCUGAGUUUGCUUGCAGCGACAAAAGACGUUGGCGUUCCAUUCCAUCUGUCUGAAAGUGGCUAUCCAGAUAAAGCAGAGAAGGUCCACAAGGACGACGAGGAUGAAGAGGUUUUAUUACAAGAGUUGCUCAUUGCAGCGAAUGUGGAGGUUGGACAAAAGAUUUGUAGUAAAUUUCCUGACCAAGCUCUUUUGUAUCGUCAAGAAGAGCCGUCUCUCUCCAAGUUGACGUCUGUUCAGAGUUAUCUCCAAAACGGUUCCGCCACCCUUUCUCUACAGGGUCUUUGGGAGCUUAUUGGAGAGAAUGAAAGUUGUCCUGAAAAACAGGAUGCACUUCGAUAUAUCAUUCGUCAAUGUAUUCCUGAAGGCAAAUACUAUAGUGCAGGCGCUGUGGAUAUUUCAAAAUUCAAUCAUUACACGUAUGGUGCUUCCAUCUACACCGUAUUUACUGAACCUCUUUCUAAUUAUGCUUCCAUUCAAGUACAAAAACAACUCAGCAUGGCGCUUCGAUGCAGUAGUAAUAGUAAUAGUAGUGGUGCUGUUGACCACCACGAUGAAGAGAGGGUGGCGGAUGACGAAGACAUUGUAAGGAUAGCCAGUCGCUGCAAUUCGUCUCAAGCACUCAAACUAGCCGCAGAAGCGGAGAGCAAGAAACUCUAUACGGCGGCCUUUAUCUAUCGUCAAUGUCUUGAUUUAGGAGCAAGGUGGAUCAGUAUGAAAGCCAUUGUUAUUGGAGUUUCUCACCAAUGCAUAGACAUUUACUUGCCAGACUAUAAUCUGGCAUUGCCCAUCCAUUUGUUUAGAAAGGGCUCGUUGAACAACGCUCAAGUUACUACUACUACUACUACUACUACUACUACUACCACUACUAUAGCAGGAGAAGAGCAGUAUGAUUAUAACUAUGAUCCUGUCCACCAGCAAAUGAAGGUCACUGUUUCUGGCUCACAACAGCAAUAUAAGAAUGACAUGUAUGCAAAAGAAAAAGAGCACGAAACUAUCUGUUUAGCAUUUUUGUAUUCCGUCAAAGUGUAUGUACAUGUAGAUAUGAAAGCCGUUAAACCUUCAUUCAAUAUCCAGUUUUUCAAACCUAUAGAAUCAGUCCAUUGAGGGCAUGCAUUGUAAGUUAAGCAACAAAUGAUUAACCUACAUAAUAAAUAUCCGGCAUAACGAGCGCGUUUGACAUUUGCGCAUAAACAAAUGUAUGUGGUUUC